AUGCCUCGCCGUGACGAAUCAAAGAUAGCGGAAAAUCUCCGCCAAACAGAAAGCGCCAAAAAGAGAAAGUAUGCCAUCCCUCAGUUCACAAAAGCUUUGCGUCGUGCGGACCGCUUCCAGCCAGCAUGGGACGCUAUAGGAGGAGCGUCUGGCCUGGCCAGCACAAUGGCUGAGUUCAGCAUUGCAGAUUUGCGCGAGCUUUGCAAACGUCUUGGGCGCACCGCUUCAGCUCCGCAGGUACAACCUCAGAGACGCGCAGCUCUUGAUGAGCUUGUUACGAUACUCUACCAAGGCCAAGAAGAUGACAGGCCCUUGAGCCGCUUCUAUCAGGAUAUCGUUCCUGGAUGCAGUGUCGAAUUGGUGCAGAGGUUCGAGAAGGAGAAAAACAUAAAGUGGACUUUGCCACAAGGCAGACGUAUGCUUCUCGGCCAUCGGGAGCAGCAUGAGGCCAAGUUCCUUGAUGAGAUCUUCUCUGAGAGCAAGCAGCUCACCUUUUACCAGCAGAGGAGGUUAUUCCGUGGUAACAUCGCCUUUACUGAGAAGAUCUUGGCAACACUUCUUCUUUUCCCUCACGAUGACAAAAUCCACAUCCCGUUCGACUUGAUCGACGAAGUGGUAAUGCCGUUACUCAAGCGCCACUGCAAGAGCAAAUACGACGACGACACUCGCAACAGAUAUCUGGAUCUUGUGCUUCGGUGUGUUUGGAGGCACAAAACGCAACUUGCGCCUCGGCUUUCUCUCGAACAAGGUGGUCUGCUUCAGUAUGUGGUUGAUCGAUGGGGUGAUGCGCCAAAGGGUAGCGAGAGCAAGCGAAAGAUUGAGGCUUACCUUGUACAAACCAUCGAGUUAUCCACAAUAGCGAAGAUGCCUUACAGCUUUGAAGAUGUUCGCAAAACAGUCUGUGUCUCUCGGAGAUUAUCGCACGAAGAAAAAUUUGACUUCUUCCGCCUCUUGCUUCUACAUACCAGUCAAUACCAAAUGGAUAUCGAGAGUGACUCAGAGCAGGAUAUUGCCCAGCUUAAGCGAUUCCCCCGUCAAGCUUGGCCAUCCAAUCUAUUCUUCUAUAUGGAUCACAAAAGGUCUUUGCGACUGUUCGAGAAGCUGGAUAAAUUAUUUCCUCGGAACGAAUUUCUUGCUGUCGGUGGUAGUGGCGGGACUAUACUAGCACAGACACAAGGCCACAUCAAACACAGCUCCUUUGGCGACGUUGAGAUUGUUAGAGCAUUGCUUAUUCGCAAGUCCAAGACCCAAAAUGAGCACCCAGGAUGGUACGAGCGUACCCGAGAGCUUAUCAACGAGAGAAGGACCAAUGCUCAACAGUCACGCGAGGCCGUGGAACGCGCUUACUGGGCCAAGAGCGCGCUGCACCUUUGCGUGGCUUUUGGAGACCUUGAGACACUGAACGACACCGUUAUCUGGUCUCGGCGCUUCAUUGCGGGCCCUUCAACAAGUUCGACAUUGUUCAGGAAAGAGGUGUUCAAGACAAGAGAAAUCGAAGCUCUCUUGGGUGCUAUACCAGAUAGAGAUGUUGGCUCGCCUGAGGCUGUGGUUUCGUUCACCGCAACGUUGGCGAAGAAAGAUAUUGAGCUUGCGAACCAAAUUCUCAUUAAUAUUAUUGAGAUGGUCACAGUGGCCAUGAGGGAGCCCGGAUUUAGACCUGGAGAUUGGACUUGGAUCUUCCACCUCGUCAAAUCUGUUGCCGACCAUCGUAUGGGUUGGUUGGAUGUUUUCUUCAAUAAUCUCACGAAAUGCUCCAAAUCUGACCGCGAAAAAUGUGAAAGAGAAUUGAUGGAGACCAUCUGGAAGCCAACAACCGAUGUUCUUAUCCAGGCGGGAGCUACCGUCAGCUAUCCAACCCUGGAGGCCAUGCGCGGCAACUCGUCCUUUAACACUCUAAUGUCCGGCAACUCUAUGAAAGGUAUCUAUGUCUACCAGAUGCUUUCAAAAACACCUUUGUCGGCUCCGCUGCUGGCAGAGCUAGCCCGGUUUCUGAUCGAUCAAAUGAGAGUACGACUAGGUUCCGAAGCUAUGAAGGUGGAAAUGAAAAGCAUUGUCUCCAUCGUCGAUUGUCUGGCCGCCAGUGACCAGCCUUCCUUGGCAUGCCCUUUCAUUCGGGACUUGGUCUUAGGCGAUGAGGGCGCCCAAGAGAGUUCUUCGUGGCAUCGUCAUCUUCUCAGCCUGGGCUUCCUAUCGGUUCUCCCUGCCAAGGCCGCUAAGGAAGUUUUGUAUACUAUGGCCAGUGCUAUGAAGGAGAAGAUGAGAGAGCAGAAUCAGAAUACAGACUCUAGAGAAAAGGCAGAUAUAACUACGGGAGGAACUGAGGAAGAUGCUUCAAAGGAGUCCAUCAAGCCUCAAGGGCCGUCUAUCAAAGUCACCACUGUCAAAAUGCUUGCUCAACUUUUACAACACAAUCUCUUUAUGGCACCUCCCUCGUCCUGCGAUAUCCUUACUGGACUUCUUGCCGAGGCACGGCAUAUCGACAUCCGUAUUACCAUCACAAACAGUCUUUUCGCCGUUAUGGAAGAUUCAACCUGUCCUUCUGCUCUACGCCAACGUAUUCUUGAUGCAUUGGAGGAGUAUAUCGUCCCUGCCGUCGCCCAGCUCAACGAACGUCGUGGCCUUACUGAGUCUGACUGGGCCGAGGCCGCAGCCAGCAACGCAUCGCCCCCUUCUGUAGGCGAGGAAACCCCACUAUACCAGUUGUUAACCCAUAAGCUCCUCCACGGGAAUCUGAACGAAGAAGAUAAGGCUCGGUUGGCGCAGCUUGUCAUGGGCUCGUUGGAGCAAUCCGCUGCCAAUAAUGCUCGCUGGAUGAAACUCUUCUUGGCCAAGAACAACUUUUCUCUAGACGAGGAUGAGGAACUACCACACCUACCUGUGCAUAUCAAACUAUUUCCUGAACUUUUCCGGCGGCAUAUGCAUUACAUGCCUACAUCAGUCUUCAACAUGAUCCGCUCCGCCUGUCUUAUCAACAUCGAUCCAACUCCUGGGAUAAAGCGCAUUACAAAGAUGAUCCGAGAAGACCGGGACCUCGUCAAUUCAAAAGCUGGUAAACACUGGCUUUCUCAAUUCGGGGAAAAUGGGCACGAUUCGCUCCAGUUCGGUGUCUUACAAGCUGCCCAGACGUUGCACAAACGUCCCUCCGCGAGGAAUUCCAAGUUGGCAGAAAACGGCAUUACUGUGCAGAUGCUUCAGUCUUUCGUGGUCGAGUUUGCAGAGAAACUGCUCAAAAUCGGCCAGCCAGAAAUCUUAAACAAGCUGGUCGAGAGGCUACGCUCAGGGUACCUGCAGGAUCGGGAGACUUGGAAUUACUGGCACGAGAAUGGUAUACCCACCAUUAAGCAGAUCAUCUCCAAGACAGAAGAGCUUCAAGUACGCAUAAACAACAAAGAAGUCGAGCCUCGUCUGCUUCCUAGUGUAUUCCAACUGAGUCUCAGUACCCUUCCCACUCCCAUAGCCGAUUCAACGGCUGCAGAAAAGGAUGUUUACGUUCGGGAGGUUUACAAGUUCGUUAUAGCACUGGCAGACCGCCAGAGCCGCCCAUACCAUGUCGAUUUCGAGAAGCUCAAAGAGGAAUUCAACAGCUGGAACUCAGCUCGGCCGUUGGCUCGUUGCGCUUUGAGGUUGGCCGAAGUGCAGGCAUAUGAUCUCAAGUCGGCACAACAGCCAACUCUCACGGAUUACCUAUGCUGGGAGCUGGUGGAGCAUAUGUUGGCCAAAGCCUCUGAUCCAAAGGACGAUCACGUCGCUAAAGCAGUGGCACAGUUGGUAAGGGACUGGGUGAACUGUGAGGAUGGUGCAAUGAGUGCGAUGGGGACUAUGUUCAAGAAAAAGUCUCAAUACCGGAAGGACAGAUUUUGGGAUCAAGAGGAAUAA